AUGCAAGGGUUAGGUGGCCAAGUGAGUGCGGCAUAUAAAGAUCUGUGUUUGUUUCCUGAUGUCCAGCUACCUGCCGGAUUCAAAAUGCCCAAGUUUGACUUGUACGACGGGCAUGGAGACCCCGUGGCCCACUUAAGAGGAUGUUGCAGCAAAAUGAGGGGUGCUGGUAGGAAAGAUGAAUUGUUGAUGGCAUAUUUUAGUCAAAAUUUUGAGUGGUGCAGCAUUGGAGUGUACAACGUAGAGAUUGUCCCAGGUCGCCUAUCCUUGACUAAGUUAGAGAAAAAGCCCAGUGAGAGCUUCAGGGAGUAUGGUUUCCGGUGGAGAGAACAGGCGGCACGAGUCAACCCUUCAAUGGAGGAAGCUGAAAUGGUAGAGUACUUUCUUCAGGCCUUGGAGCCUACUUACAUUGGUCAUGUGAUCUCGGCCAUAGGUAAUUCUUUCAAUGAAGUGAUGAAGAUGGGAGGAAUGGUAGAGGAAGGACUCAAAUCAAGCAAGAUCAUGAGUUACUCUGCCAUCAAAGCAACUACACAAGCAAUCCAGAAUGGCACCGGGGGUGUGUUAGGGAAAAAGAAGAAAGAAGACGUUGCUAUAUUGUCAUAUGCUCAACCCCCUCCUUACCCGCAAUGGCGUGCACCAGCUUCACAGAAUCCUUAUCCACCUCCACAAAUAUACCGAAACCCUACUGGUCCAAGCUUUCGACCCAAACCGGAGAAUAGAAAGGAAAAGCUGCAGCGGAAGCAAAUUUUCACCCCGCUUGGGGAGUCUUAUAGCAGUUUGUUUCGGAAGUUGAGGCAGUUGGAUGUUCUGAAGCCGAUUAAGUCAAAAUUACCAAAUCCCCCUCCAAGGAACCUGAGCCCAGAAGCUCCAAACAUCAAUCAAAAUCCAUUGCCAGCCAAUGCUGAAAAGCACAUGGUUGAGAUAGUGUAUAAGGAUGGGGAGCCCGAAAAGCCUUUGAAGUUUGUCAUGAUGAUACGUGCCAGUGAAAGUAAUUCAGUCAAUACUCCAAUUGUUACAAAUGCAACAUCUUUGACAACUGAAGGUCUGAUGGACAAGCUAAGCCCGCCCAAUGUUAAGCCGCCUGUAUUAGUUGUGAAAGGGUUACGAGAUGAUUUUGAAGCAAAGCAAGGAAAGCCGAAAGUGGUUGUGCCGGGGGCAGCAAGUAAUCAUGUCAUAAUCGUGGAAGGGGCUCGCACCGGCCCUAUUAUUAUUAAACCCGUGACCCAGCUACCGAUAAAUAACACCAACGCUGUUCCAGGGAAAUACAAGCAAGUGAUAGUAACCUAUAAAGGGAAAGAAGUGGAAGAGGAAGUUAAUGAAACCUAG